UUAGUCUAAAUAUAGUCAUUCAAUAAGUUUGAUUAAUCUCUGAAUCAGUUAUCAGAAAAAGCUAGCCGAUGGUCUCCAUUUUCUCCCAAGCCAGCUUUCUGCGUUUUCUACUUGUAAUAAUAACAGAGCCAAGCUGCUACUUUGUGACAAAAGUGCAUAUCCAAUAAUCUGCAUUAAUUUAAAGCAUUUUGAUUAACCCCCUGGCUUAGGAUAAAGGUUUCUUUUAGAACAUCAAACAAAAAAUGAAGCAGGAUAGGGCAAGCUCACCACGUAUAUAAAUAGACAUAGACAUACAGAAGAAGGUGUACCGAAGGUUUUGAGAAAAGUACAGCUAAAUUUACCAGCUCUCUCCAAAUUUAGCACCAGUACAGCUACAAGUUGAGCCUAUAAUUGAACAACUUAAAGCAAGAGAGCCAGCCUCUCUCUAACAAACAUCUUCGAGGAGAAGGUCUUAAUUAGUCUGAGAUGAGAGCGCACCUGCAAAAUAUGGCUCCUCAACUCUCCUCCUCUUUCAUUUCUAUUGCAUUGUUGUUUGCUGUUGCUUUCGCAAAUUUUGGACAGCAAGCUCACGGUUCUGUAUUUGAAUUCAGUUAUGCUGGUUUACAUGGCCCUGCCAACUGGGGAAGCUUGAACCCCAAAUUCUCAACAUGCUCAUCUGGGAAACUUCAGUCUCCUAUCAACAUCAUCAAGAACGAGGCAGUGGAAAACAAAAGUUUGACACCCUUGACCAGGGUUUACAAGCGUGGAAAUGCUAUUCUUGUUAACAAUGGCUUUAAUAUUGGGUUGCACUAUGAGGGGAACUGUGGAGUCUUGAUUGUAGAUGGUAAAAACUACACUUUUAAGCAAAUGCACUGGCAUUCUCCCUCCGAACAUCAGAUUGACGGAGUCCAAUACGCUGCCGAGCUUCAUCUAGUCCACCUGUCAGAUUCCGGCGCCAUCGCUGUUGUGUCAAUGCUCUACGAACUUGGUGAUGCUGAUCCGUUUAUCAGUAAGAUUACAAACAAGCUGGGUGAUCUAGCAAAGGACGCGUGUGCAGGCAAUGAAGAAGCCCAAAUUCCUAUUGGGGCAUUGGACAACAAGCUAUUAAGAAAAAACACCCGCAAGUAUUACAGAUACAUCGGCUCUAUCACCAGUCCACCAUGCACGGAAAAUGUGAUCUGGAACGUUCUUGGCAAGGUGAGAACAAUAUCCAAGGAGCAGGUAGAAGCCCUGAAAGCUCCAUUGGGUGCUGAUUACAAGCAGAACUCAAGGCCUUUGCAGUCACUGAAUGGAAGAAAGGUUGAACUAUAUAAUGAAUUCUCCGAUUAAUAUUGUUCCCACAGGAAACAAAAUGUUCCUUUCCUGUCUUACGAACUUAUUUAUGUAGUAUUAUGGACAAAUUUACCAGCGUAGAUCAUGGAAAUGAUCUUUUCCUGUCUGCA